AUGGUAGAUUUUGCAAAAUCAUUGUUUGGUUUUGGUAAUUAUAAAAAGGAAUCAUCAUCAUCAACAUCACAAUCUCCCACUCCACCACCAAGUUCUCAUUCAUCUCAAGUACAGCAAAGCUCAAACAUAGAAGAAUAUCAUCAAUCUCACUUAUCUCAAGAACAACAACAACAACAACAGCAACAUUCUCACCAUUAUCAACCGCCGCACAUGUCUGAACAAUCACAACAUCUUCCACAACAACAACAACAACAACCAGGGACAAACAAAUUUUUUCCGAAAACACUAGUGAGUGCAGCACCAACCACUGCUGUUGCCAACCAUUCAUCGGUUUAUGGAACAACAAGCACAACAAGCAAUAAUUACUCUGAAGCAUAUUUGAACCAGACAUUCAAGAAUAAUACCUACAACCCACAGCAAUCACAACAACAACAACAACAAUCACAAUCACAACAACAACAACAACAGCAACAACAAUAUUCUGCACCAUAUCAAUAUUCCUCAAAUAUCCAACAAUUACAACAACCAUAUGGCAACCAAUGGGAACCAUCACAAGAUCAAGAUGCAAACAUCAUCACAAUUGAUAAAACUGGUAAUAAACUUAGUCCUACAUCUAGAGACUCACCAAUUAAAGGCAAAUUAAAAGUCACGAUAUUAGAAGCCAAAGACAUUUUUGCCACUCAGCCUUAUGUGGUGUGUAGUUUUGAAAGUUCAGAAUUUGUUACUAAUGCUCCUGAUUCGUAUGGGAAAUCACCAGUGUCAUCAUUUGGUCAUAAUAAUAGUAAUAAUAAUAACAGUACUAAUAAUAAUAGCCAAGGACAUACUAAUGGACCAAGAAACAUGUAUAAUUCCAAUCAUGGACCUUCACCAAAGGCAUUACCUAUGAAAAAUAGUGGUGGUAAUCUAUUUGGUCAAAGACCUUCAAUGUAUCAAAGACAAUUAUCUACACCUCAUUUGAAUUUACCUAAUGAUUCUUCAAACCCGAUUUGGAAUCAUGAUACUAUAUUUGAUGUUGUGGGACUGAAAUCUGAAUUAGAUAUUUCUGUUUAUGAUGGGGCACGAGAUGAUGCAUUUUUAGGUCAUGUAAGAAUAUCUCCUUCCAUUGAUAAAAAUAAUAAAAAUGAAAGUGAAUGGUUACAAUUAGGUGCAAGAAUAACUGGUGAAACGGUUUCUUCAGGUUAUAUUAAAAUUAAAUGGGAAUAUACUUUAUUUGAUAAUAAAAUCAAACGAUCAUAUGGACCUGAUGAUUUCCAUUUUUUAAGAUUAUUAGGUAAAGGGACAUUUGGACAAGUAUUUCAAGUUCGUAAAAAAGAUACUAAUAGAAUUUAUGCUAUGAAAAUUUUAUCGAAAAAAGUCAUUGUUAAAAAAAAGGAAAUUGCUCAUACUAUAGGGGAACGGAAUAUUUUAGUUCGAACUUCAGCAGCAUCAUCACCAUUUAUUGUGGGAUUAAAAUUUUCUUUCCAAACUCCAUCAGAUUUAUUUUUGGUGACUGAUUUUAUGUCAGGAGGUGAAUUAUUUUUCCAUUUACAAAAAGAAGGUAGAUUUAAUGAAGAUAGAUCAAAAUUUUAUACAGCAGAAUUAAUUCUUGCAUUAGAACAUUUACAUGAUAAUGAUAUUGUUUAUCGUGAUUUAAAACCAGAAAAUAUAUUAUUAGAUGCUAAUGGUCAUAUUGCAUUAUGUGAUUUUGGAUUAUCAAAAGCUGAUUUAAAUAUGGAUGGUACUACCAAUACUUUUUGUGGAACCACGGAAUAUUUGGCUCCAGAAGUAUUAUUAGAUGAACAGGGAUAUACUAAAAUGGUUGAUUUUUGGUCAUUAGGGGUAUUAAUAUUUGAAAUGACUUGUGGUUGGUCUCCUUUCCAUGCAGAAAAUACUCAACAAAUGUAUAAAAAUAUUGCCUUUGGUAAAGUAAGAUUUCCUAAAGAUAUAUUAAGUCCUGAAGGUAGAUCGUUUGUGAAAGGAUUAUUAAAUAGAAAUCCUAAACAUAGAUUAGGAGCCACUGAUGAUGCCAGAGAAUUAAAAGCUCAUCCAUUUUUCGCUGAUAUAGAUUGGGAUCUAUUAAGAGCUAAAAAUAUUCCUCCACCAUUUAAACCUCAUAUAAUUUCAGAAACCGAUAUUUCUAAUUUUGAUACUGAAUUUACAUCAGAAAAUACUUCAGCAUUGAAAAAACAAAUGGAAAUGGCAACAACUCCAUUAUCACCAGGAAUUCAAGCAAAUUUUAAAGGAUUUACUUAUGUUGAUGAUUCAACUAUGGAUGAUCAUUUUGCUGCUAGAUCAUAUAGAGCUAAUGCAUUUGCAUUUAGACCUCCAGGUUCAUUUAUACCAGGAGAUCCUAAUUUGCCUCCUGAUGAAGAAGUCCUUGCUGAACAAAUUGAAGAAGAAGAUGAUAAUGAUGAUGAAAUGGAAGUUGAUAACGAUGAUCAACAUAUGGAUGAUGAAUUUGUUAAUGGAAGAUUUGAUCUUUAA